AUGUAUAACGCACAUCGCGGAAUGGUUCCCGCUCCUAACUCCCGUUUGACGGAGUUGCUGGAUCAGUUGCGUCAGGAGUUUGAGAACCAGUCGAGGAGCACCGGCGAGUUUGAGCACCAAUUAACUGGUCAGCUCCAGGAAAUGGAGAUGAUCCGACAGAAGGUCUACCAGCUGGAACAAACUCAGAUGAAGAUGAGACAAGAUUAUGAAGCAGAGAUCCGAAUGCUGCGGCACGAGCUCGAGUCGCGAGGCGUUCAAACUGCUUCAACCCAUGUUGCAGGCCCGGCACAGCAUGCGGGCCCUACCCAGGCCCCUCCGCCAGCAUUGGGUCAUGGCCCUAGUAACUUGUUUGGUGGCAUUAUGGCCAACCAAGGAGGUAGUGCUCCCGGUCUUGCCCCUCCCCAGGAACAGCAGCCACCCCAGCAUACCCUUCAACAGCCUGCUGCCGCGGCCCAGCCUGGAGCACCGCAACCACCGCAGAGCUCCUUUGCAGGAUAUCAGGCCGGUGCAGCUGUGAACGGCUACGGACCUCCGCCUCCACCAACAGCAUCUCCAGGACCCGGCAAAAGGCCUCGCGUCCCACCUGGCCCUGCAACCCCUCAACAGACUCACCAGCUUGCCUACCCCGAUCCUCGUGCCUCCCCCCAAAUUGCCCGCCCAACUCCCCCUAGCCAAGCGCUUAUCCGAGAGCGCCCGGGAAACAUGCUCGCCAACUGGAACCCCGAUGAUCUGCCAGGCUCGCAAAAGCGGGAGGGUGCCGAUUGGUAUGCAGUUUUCAACCCCGAGGUUCAGCGUGUGCUUGAUGUCGAGCUUGUCCAUCACCUUGUCCAUGACAGCGUUGUUUGCUGCGUUCGUUUCAGCCGGGACGGCAAGUACCUGGCCACUGGUUGCAACCGCUCUGCACAGAUUUUCGACGUGACCACUGGACAAAAUGUUGCUACCCUGCAGGAUGAGAGCGUUGACAAGGACGGAGAUCUUUACAUUCGCAGCGUCUGUUUCAGCCCGGACGGAAAGUACCUUGCGACCGGUGCGGAGGACAAGCAGAUUAGGGUUUGGGACAUUGCUGCUCGGAGCAUCAAACACAUCUUCACUGGACACGAGCAAGAUAUUUACUCGCUUGACUUUGCUGGAAACGGACGGUACAUUGCCUCUGGCAGUGGUGACAAGACCGUUCGCCUCUGGGAUAUCCUCGACGGUAAGCUUGUCUACACACUCAGCAUCGAAGACGGCGUGACCACGGUCGCGAUGUCUCCUGAUGGCCACUAUGUCGCCGCGGGUUCGCUGGACAAGAGCGUGCGCGUGUGGGAUACCACUACUGGAUACCUCGUGGAGCGCCUUGAGAGCCCUGAUGGCCACAAGGACAGCGUUUACUCGGUCGCUUUUGCACCCAAUGGUCGCGACCUUGUCAGCGGUAGUCUCGACAAGACGAUCAAGCUGUGGGAGCUCACCGUACCCCGGGGAGGAUUCCCCGGAAGCGGUGUCAAGGGAGGUAAAUGUGUGCGGACGUUUGAGGGACACAAAGACUUUGUGCUCAGUGUUUGCUUGACCCCUGAUGGACAAUGGGUCAUGAGUGGUUCGAAGGACCGGGGUGUUCAGUUCUGGGACCCGAUCACCGGUAACGCCCAGAUGAUGCUUCAAGGCCACAAGAACUCUGUGAUUUCGGUUGCACCCAGCCCCACGAACAACCUGUUUGCCACUGGCAGUGGUGACAUGCGUGCAAGAAUCUGGAGAUACUCGCCGUUCCCUGGACGGUGA